GCCUGCCACACAGCAAAGCUCACCGCUUCAGGAUCCUAAGCCAGACAUGAGGUCAUGUUCUCCACCUGUGAAGAAUUAAAAUCCGGCUGACAAGGGAAGAAAUUUUGGCUGCUGGGCAGAGCUGGGCUGCUGGAAGAAUCAGGGUUCUGUCCGGUUCCUGGGAGGCCUGGAGCGCAAGCAGCUGGGACUCGCGGAGAGCGGAAGAUGGGCAGCAAUGACAGCAAAUGUAAGCAUGAAAAGAAGUUUUAAAACUACAGCUCCUAAAACCCGGGAAGACAGGCACCCGCAACCCCCACUGCUGUAACAGAGAAAAAACUUCCCACUUGGCAAUUGCAUCUGAUCAUCAGGAAGCUCUAGUUUUGUGGGGAGAAGGCUGCAUCCAACCCUUCCGAAAUCAUCACCCAGAGGCGCCCACUGACUGGCAGGGAAGGUCUUCCUGGCUGGCAGACGAUGCAGGGGAGUAAGAAGUGCACAGACGGCUUCAGCGACUCCUCGAGUAUUGGCAGCGUGCUGGACGAGGCAGACAGGGAGGUGAGCAGCCUCACCGACCGGGCCUUCCGGAGCUUGUGCAUCUCCGAGGACGCAUCCUUCCACGACUCUGACCUGGGCCUGUCCCCAGAUAUCACCCGCCAGGUGUUUGGGAAUUUUCACCAGGGAACGGUGAGCCACACCCACAGGAAAAGUGGCAUUUGGAGCCAGUUACCAUCCCAAGGCACCGAGCAUGCCGGCUGGGCGGCCACGUUCCAACAGCUGCCCAAGUACGUUCAAGGGGAGGAGAAGUAUCCCAAGAGCAGCCCCCCGCUGACCCCAGCCCAGAGGAGACUAGAAGUGCCAGUUUCCGGCCUGAGGAGCAGCAACAAGCCUGUUUCCAAAGUGUCGUCACUGAUUAAAUCUUUCGACAGGACUGAAAGCCAACGCUGUGACAGCAGGCCUCCUACCAGCAAGCCUCCAGCUCUCAAAAAUCCCCCCAAAUUUGCUCCUCUUCCAGAAAGUGGCGUCAACUUCUGCUUCGAUUCUGCCUUUUUGACCGUCAGGAGGGUGCCCGCCGAAGUCUCUGGCACCCAUCAGAACAGCCACCAGCCACCAGGCAGGAAGCACGGAGAACAGGAGUCCCCCAAGAAUCCCGAAAUGGCCUGUCGCGGCCCCAACAGCUUCCUCCCAACACCCAAAAACGCAGCCAAUUCGUUUGAGUCAAAGUUCCCCUCUCCAGCCCACAAGGCAGCCACUGGUGAGUCUGGAAGGGGCCAGGAGUGGGCUCGCAGAGGGACCUUUCUUCAUAGUGAAAACAGUGCUUUUGAGUCGUGGAACGCUCACCAACCGAGGCUGCCGGAGAGGAUGGAUGCUGCUGACGCCGUCCCAGAAAGCAAGGCUCCCCGACAUGAUGAGGACACGCCCUCGCUAAGGGAACCCAAGGCCCCCGAGCGCAAAGCCUCCCCCUGCCAUGUCCAGGCCAGCCGCGGUCAGGAAGAAAACAGGUUGGCCUCAGGGACUCUCUCCACAUCCGGAACCUGGGGAUCUAGGGAUCCAGGAGCCCAGGUAUUUGCUACGGAGGGAAAACCUUCCAGCUCACAGCCUGACCCUCCACUGAAACCAACUCAUGCCCCCUGGAGGAAACCAAAGCCUGGCAAGGGAGGGAAAGAAAGUCUCCAAGAUGCUGCAGAAGAAAAGAAGCAGACCAACCAGAGAGGCCCAGCCUUGUACACAAAGCACAAUCCCCAGGGGCAGUUUCCAGAAAAGGAUGCUCUUGACAUGCCUGUGGACCUCCAGGAGCAUUACGGUCCUCCUUUCAACAUCAGUAAGCUUCUGACCCCUGUCAUACCCACCAAGCAUGUUCUGGAGUCAUCCGACAGCCAGCCGGCGGAAUUAACCCCAUCACCCCCAGAACAGCUAAAUGGAUACCAAGAGAAGGAGCCCAGUGAAUGUCAGUCCCGGGACAGCUACAAAUCCAAAGCCCCCAGCCUGCUGUUCAACCUCAAAGACGUGCGGAAGCGCGUGAAGAGCACCUACAGUCCCUCACCUCUCUUAAAAGGCCUCGAUGAGAAAACCAGAGGCAAGCAAGAAUCCCUGAGCAAUGGUGGCCUCCUUCCCAACGGGCUCGAGGAAAGCCUUCCAGACGAGCUUUCUAAAGAGACACCAGCUGACACCCCUUCUGUGUCUCUCAUCAGUACCCAGAAGGACCCCAAAUCUGAACCCAGGGCAGCCUCUGCAGACAACUGCCUAACUCUUACCUCGCCAUCAGCUAUCACCAAAGGCCCCUUCUGUGUCAACGGUGAGGCUGCCGAUAGGAACAGCUGUGAGAAGGAAGACACCAAUGGAGAAUCAGAGAUGGGUAGUGGCAGGCCCGGCUGGCAACCAGACUCCAGGAAACGCCUCCCCAGGAAGCAUCUGUCCCUGAAGCUUUGCAGUGGAGACCCCGAGAGGGCAAGGGCUGCGGAGACCCUGAAGGCCCCAGGCGUGGAGAACGGAUUCUUGAGAUCCAUCUCUCAAGAGACAGAACCCGAGAGAGAGGCAAGACUUCAGAAUCCAAACUUCAACCAGAAAUUCUCCCCAGGGCCCCUUUCUCCCGAGGAGGAAGAUGUGUUUUAUAGCGACAGCCAGUCUGAUUUCAUGCCAAGCCUCAAAAGUAAGGCCAAAUUCAGCACCAGCUCUUCAGAUCAGUCCUUUGCCUCAUUUGAGGAUCAGCAGAAGACGUGGUUCACCGAGAGCCAGCGGGAAGACAGGAGGCAUGACGUAAGUACAGGUGACAGUCAGAAAGAUGAGCAGGAGACAGUGGUGGAGGAAGAUGAACUAAAGCACUGUGCCUUGAGUAAUGAACACGCAUGCGUGGAGGAGCACAGCAGGCGGGAAUCCGUCCAAGGAGAAGAGGAAAGUUUGCCAGGAGGUAGCCCUAGGAAGGCAUGGAGCGAGGAAGCUAAUUUCAGAGGCAUUGGGAUUGGGGGAAGUAAGGAUACGGCUCUUUCACAUACCAAAGACCUAACCCCUUCACCAUCUUCCACUUCAAACAAGCACAUCCUCUUUGCAAUUAAAGACAAUACCCUCAGGGCCACCCCCGUAAUAAAACCCAUCAUGUUGCCCCUCCUGAGGUCCAUGUCCUCAGACUCCCCACUGGGCAGCGGCCACAAAGAGGAGGAAUUGCCAAGGCCAGGCUGGGGUGGAGAUGCUGGUCUUUGUGCCCCCGCAAGCCAGGAAAUACCCAGCACCCCGACACCCACCAGUGUGCGGGGCACACACAUGAGGGGGGCAGCCUGUGAGGGCAUGGAGGACCACGGGUGGGUGCCCAGCACAGCCAGGUUGGAGGCCUCCCAGGCAGCCCCAAAGGCAUAUGUCCCAUCUCCUUCUCUCACGGGAGAGGACCAAGGGCUGCAGCCGCCCCUAGAGGCCACAAGCAGAGUCGCGGCAAACAACAGCAAGAGCAGUUCCGCAGAGCGGGGGAAGCCGGGUGCUCCAAGGUGCAUCCCCAGGAUCGCGUUGCCAGAAGGUGACCUAGAAGACCAGUCACCCCCACGGCAGCUUGCAACCUGUCGGGAAGAGCAGGCCCAAGGCUUCAAAGGUGACUUUUUGUCUACACCCAGAGCAGGGCCCCCGGGGAGAAGAUUGGUCCCUGGGGAGCUGGCAGCUUCCCCUAACGCCAGCUCCCUGGAGGAGAACAGCGCGUGCUCCCCUGCCGCCAGCAGCAUUUGGGACGACCCUUCCCAGGCCCCCAGCGAGCCCAGCCUGCUGCAAGGGGAGCCUCCCCACCGCAGCCCCUGGGCCAGCCCCGGCCCUGGCAGGGUGGCCCGGAGGGAGGACCUGACACAUGCCCUCACGUGGGAGCCCGGCUCCGAACCCCAACUGGAGCCUUCAGCAGAGGACCUCAGGACGCUCUCUCCAAGAGGCUCCUUGCAGGACACGGCUGCCGGCUCAGCUGGCCUCCUGGAGAAGCCAGAGCCUCCUGCUCAGCUGGAGAGGGCGGCUGGCAAGCCACCUGCCGUCCCACCCAAAACAGAGAAGGCCCUGCGGCGGGCGAAGAAGCUGGCAAGCAAGAGGAGAAAGACCGACCAGCCCCAGGGAAAGCAUGAUGAACGCCAGGAGGAAAAGGAAAAGCCGUACCCUGAGGACUCAGAGCGCAGGCCAUUGUCCCCUGGAGAGAGGCCCCGACCCCGGUUCCCCGUGGUCCGUUCCCUACCCCCUCCCGUGCACCGACACUCCGUGUCCGCCUUCUCAGAGCCGGUCCAGAGGCGGCCUGGGGGGCCCCAAUCCCUUACACCCCUGCCCCCUUACCCUGCCACCCAGAAGGUCCUCCAAGACCCCCAAUCUGGAGAGUACUUUGUCUUUGAUCUGCCACUCCAGGUGAAAAUCAAGACCUUCUAUGACCCAGAGACAGGCCAAUAUGUCAAGGUCUCCGUCCCAUCCUCUGAGGGGGCUUCCCCUGAGCCAACGCCCCCGGACGCCCUUGCUGCUCCCUAUGUGCUGUACCCCGGCUGCCAGCCCCUGCCCGUGACGGCCUUGAUGCCCCUGCGCUGCUCCUCUCAGCUCUCUGCCCCCACCUUCCUAAGGCAGCGCCCUCACGCCACCGAGGCAGCCGGCCCCAGGCCCCAGAGUGCCCGUGACGCGGGCCUGCCGCUGGCCUCUGAGCCUCCCGACAGCCCCACCCAGCACUCUGCAGGCCAGCUCCCCGAGGGGCCUCCCCAGAGCCCCGGGGAGGAGGGGGGGGAUGCUCCGAGCCUGGGCAUUAUCUCCAUCAGCGACCUAGAGGACUUUGCCACAGAAGGCAUUUCCUGAGAAUCCCAGCAGACUAACCCGCCCCCAGUAAACCCAGAAGAGCUUACUUCCCCCUCCCCCAGAACAAUCACACACACACACACACACACGAACACACGCACGCACACAAGCGCACACACACACAUCAACUCAUCCUCAGCCAUUUGAGAACCCUAAAGUUUCAAAGGAAGUGGAGAUCCUGAGAAAACCCAACCUGAAGGGCUCCCCGGGGCUCCCCUCCCUGGGAGGGCACUGCUCUGCUCACAUAAGCAGGUCCCUUCAGAGCCUCUUCCUGGAUCCCAGAUCUGCUCCGUUUCUUUUCUCCUCCCCUCCCUGCCUCCCUGUUCUCCCCUGGCCCUGCGACCAGGGUGAGUAUAGCCUCCUACCUAACCAGCUGUUCCCCCCAGCAUCCCACCCACUCCUCCUCAAGGGUCGGCUCCCACAGCGAGCCAGUCCCAAUGCCCCC